AUGCAGAGGCAAAAUACCCCCUUUGACACUCAUCUGUUUCAAUCCACCAACCCAAUAGCAAAAGACACACACAACUACUACCCAGACCAACACAUACUGUACCUACCCACUACCACUAUGGUCCAGUACGACCCCUUUGCUACAUUCAUGAGUGCCCUCCCAGCCGAGGAAAAGGCCGCUGCUGCUGCUGCUGCUGCCGCCGCCUCAUUCACACCGCCAGAAAGCCCAAAGAGCCUCCAUCCCCAGCUCCGCCGGCUUUCUUCAUGUCACGGCCACAACGCCCCCUACUGCACAAAAUGCCAUAUGCGACGACCGUCGCAGGAACACCUGGUCAACACCCGAUCACGAUCACACAGCCACAGCGCAGACGAGGAGUCGUGGGAUGGAUUCUGUCCUGACAUCCACAUGCCAGACCACCACACUCCGACUCGGCCCAUGCACCACACCCGCCGACACUCCGGGUUGUGUCCGCAAGAUCUUAUUUCUGCGGAAGCCCACCACAGCAGCGGGCGGACGUCGCCACACACAUAUACCCAAAUGACGAUCAAGGCUCGGCCUUCUUGUCAUCAUCAGCACCACCCGGCCGGAUAUCACCACGAUUGUCACUGUGAGCGUGUCACGCCAGUGGAAAAUCUCAGUGAGAGAUACGGUCUCGUCGAGGAGCCGGAAGACAUGCUCGAGGCUGCUGCUGCCCAUGAGGUGGCUGAAAUUAUGCAUGAGGAGCUCGUCGCUGAUAUGGAGGCUCGUCAAUUAUGA